AUGGGUGUUAUUGGAUGUCCUAACCUCGGACCUGAACCUGCUAAGAUCGGUGAAGAGAUCAUUCCAAAUGGCAAGGGUGUAUUGAUGGUUGCUGUUAAAGGGGAGGGCAGUUAUUCUCGGCCAUUGACCUCAUCGACUUACACGAAACUUUCCCUCCCAUCGUCUCCUCCAUCUUCAAACCCCCUUACAUUCCUCGAAUCAGUCGAAUCUGGACAUUCUGCUCAUUCCAUCCAAGCUCGAAUUGGUGAAUUACUAGAAGUUAAAAGACCCAGUUUGAGAAUGGAUAGUCAAGCCAAAUACGCUUGUCUAGGCAGAGGUGAAGGCGGCGUAUACCUUCGUAUCCCUACCAAAUAUGCUGGUGGAAAAGAGUACAAUGAGAAAAUAUGGGAUCACGCAUCAGGCUCUUUAUUGAUUCACGAAUCAGGCGGUAUCUGCACUGAUAUGCACGGUAACCCACUCAACUUUGGUGUGGGAAGAACACUGAAGGAUAAUGAAGGUAUAGUAGCCGCUGGUAAAGAUAUUCAUUCAAAAGCUGUCGAAGCCGUGAAGAAAGCCGUCGAGGAGGUAGGUAAGAAGUAA